CAACUCGCCUUUAAGUCAAGACUGCCCCGUCAGAGCACAAGGCAGGCCAGAGGGAAGUGGUAAAGGGACGGAGGAGAAGGCUCCUUUCCAUCACCGAGAGGAUGGGAAACUCUCUGCUGAGGGAGAACAGGUGGCAGCGAGACACUCAAGAGAUGCCUUGGAAUCUGAGACUUCAAAACACCAAGCAGAGAACAUCCAGGUGCUGGGAUUGCCACAUCGCUGAAGGGUGUUUCUGCCUUCCAUGGAAAAAAACACACAUUUUUAAAGAGAGACAAGAUUCCCAAAAGGAAAAUGAAGGAAUAUCAUCUGCUCCCAUCCAGGGCACCUCUGACCAGACCUACACAGAGGAGCUGUGCUACACCCUCAUCAAUCACGGGGUCCUCCAGAGAAGGCCAUCUGGGAACUCCGCUGAGGAGUACUAUGAGAACGUUUCCAGCGAGGCUGAGAGGCCCAGAGAGUGCUUGGGAGGAACUGAGACCGAGUAUUCACUUCUCCAUGUGCCUUCCACCCCGAGGCACCCACCUUCCCCAGAAGAUGUAUAUGAACUUCUCAUGCCUCCCAGAGUCUCCUCGCGCUUUCUGCAACAGCCACGUCUGCUUACAGCCCCUCCUGAGACUAAGUUUUCCCAUUUAUAAUGCAGCAGUUAGAAGAGCAUUUGUUUAACAUCAGCAAAUAAAGGUUGGGGGUGAGGUUGAGGUGAGGGGGUGCAAAGAUCCCCCAGCUCACCUCCCACAACAACCCUUUCCACGCAGAGCAUGGCUUGCAAACCACAGGGCCUCUUAGAUCCUACUCAAAAGCCACCAU